UAGCAACUGAAUAAUCAUCCAUGGUAACGACCCAGAAAACUGUGAGCUUGAAACUCUUGGUGGACUCCAAAGGCCACAGAGUUCUGUUUGCUGAGACAGGAAAAGAUUUUGUUGAUUUUCUGUUUAACUUGCUUUCUUUGCCUGUUGGAAUGGUAAUAAGGCUUCUAUCAAAACAGGGCAUGAUAGGCAGCCUUGCAUGCCUCUAUGACGGUGUCGAAAACUUAAGUGAUCCCUACAUGCUGCCAUCAAUAAAAAAAGAUGACUUGUUGAAGCCAAGGUUUGUACUCCAGGUGCAAAUGCGUCUCUUCUUUUGCCAAAUACUGAGUCAUCAACUUCUACUACCUUUUAUGCAUGGGUGUUCAACCUAUAAGUCUAUAACUGUGUUUGUUGAGCCACAAAAAAGGCAGUCAUCCUCCUCUGAGGAGCAGGGUGGUUUUGUGAAGGGGGUGGGAACGUAUAUGGUGACGGACAAUCUCGAAGUGAGGCCUAUGUCAAUGAUUUCCAGUAUUUCUACGCUGAACAAGUUCAAUGUUAAGGAAGUUGGCUCCCUUAAAGAAAAGGGUGUGAAACUGCUGCAGGCAUCCCUGCAGUCUAAAACUGUGCUUACUGAUGUUUUCCUUGGGAAGAAGGUUUGAAAUUGAUGUUGCUGGUGGAACCCUAAUUAAUUUUGAGUAUUUUGCUUAGCUUAAGUGCCUGUAAAUGGGAAAACGAUGAUACAUGCUCAAAUUUCCUUUAAAUAACUGUCAUUUUAGCAA